AACAAACAUAUUUAUCAUCUGUUUACAUCGUCCUGUUGUUUUUUUUCAUCAAUAUAAUAUUUUUAUCAAGUUUCAUGGUUAUUCAGCUUUAUUUAAAAAUUGUUUUGACAUCAUUAUGAGUCAACAGGAUGAUAUUAAAAGGCCUGGUACUCGAGUUUUCAAGAAAUCCGCGCCAAACGGAAAAAUAACAGUUUAUCUUGGUAAAAGGGAUUUCGUCGACCAUGUUACUCACGUUGAUCCAAUAGAUGGCGUAGUCUUGGUUGAUUCAGAGUAUGUCAAAGAUCGCCGAGUAUUCGGCCAUGUCUCCGCUGCUUUUCGUUAUGGAAGAGAAGAUCUAGAUGUUCUUGGUUUGACUUUUCGUAAAGAUCUUUACCUAGCAUCGGAGCAAAUUUUUCCAGUUACGGAAGAAACGAAGAAAAAACCUCGAACCAGAUUACAAGAAAGAUUAAUAAAAAAAUUGGGACCUAAUGCAUUCCCGUUUUAUUUCGAGCUUCCUUCGCAUUGUCCAGCAUCGGUUACACUCCAACCAGCACCAGGAGACACCGGUAAACCAUGUGGAGUUGAUUAUGAGUUAAAAGCAUAUGUUGCUGACAAUGUAGACGAAAAAUCUCACAAACGUAAUUCUGUAAGGUUGGCGAUACGAAAAAUUACUUAUGCACCAAGUGAACAAGGCGAACAACCCAGUGUGGAAGUUAGCAAACAAUUUGUGAUGUCCCCAAAUAAGCUCCACUUAGAAGCUUCUCUAGAUAAAGAGCUUUAUCAUCAUGGAGAAGACAUUGCAGUUAAUGUUCAUAUUGCCAACAACUCUAAUCGAUCGGUCAAGAAAAUCAAAGUAUCAGUUCGACAAUUCUCUGAUAUCUGUUUGUUUUCAACGGCACAAUAUAAAUGCACAGUAGCUGAAAUCCAGAGUGAGGAUGGUUUUCCUGUUAGUCCUGGAUUCACUUUAUCAAAAGUCUAUCACCUUCGACCUCUUCUAACGGAUAACAAAUCAAAACGAGGUUUGGCUCUAGACGGUCAACUUAAACAUGAAGAUACCAACCUAGCUUCAUCAACCAUCAUAAACGAUCCAGCGCAUAAGGAAAACCUUGGCAUAAUAGUUCAAUAUAAGGUUAGAGUCAAACUUUGCCUGGGCCCAUUGGGUGGUGAUGUUGUCGCAGAAUUACCAUUUGUUUUGAUGCACCCCAAGCCUGAAGAUGAGAAUGAAAUUUUUGAGACUUCAACUGAAGGUGACACUCGCACAAAUCAUGCCAGCAAUGAUGCAAAUAAACAAGAUCUAAUCAACGAUUUUAACUUAAUCCAAUUGGAUACAGAACCGACAGAAGAUGAUAUUAUCUUCGAGGACUUUGCUCGGACCAGAUUAAAAGCUGAAACUGAAGCACGAUCCAAUUGAUCAGAAUUUUUAUACUUUUUGGGUUGCUUCUCUUAAAAAACUACUUACCCACCUUGUAGCAAUGUUAAUCCACAGCAUUGCAAGGUUUUCAAUAAACAGUGUUUAAAUUAUUGAA